AUGAACUCAAAAGGGGGCCGGGGUAACCAGCGGGGCGGCUUUGACAGGCGACGAUCCAAACCAAAGAACACCCCAGAGGUUGAAGAGCAACCUUACGAUUUCUCUUUUCUAGUAACUGACUACAUUACAGCCCAAACAACACCCAUGCUCGAGAACGUGCGUAGGAAGAUAGAGGAGGGGGCUGAGGGCGUACCUAUCCCCUCCCUUGCAAGCGAGAUUUUACUGGCCUCUUUUGUCAAGGAUAUGCGCACAUGGUUCAAGGAGGAAGUUCGUAAGGAGCUUUUCACCUAUCCCCAAAAAGAAACGCUUAAUCGGUGGCUUUUUGAUAUGUUAGCCACUCCAUCAGAAAGUAUAGCAGGCGAGGUAGGCAAUAAUCUUCUGAAGUAUCCGAUGAGACUCAAGGACGACCCCGAUGUCAUUGCCCGCGAGCUUUUUCUCUCAAUUCCCAUGCGUAUUAAGCCAUCUUAUCCGGACACACAGCGCCUCAAAUCAGAUGCAAUAGAGUACAGAAAGGUGUCCAUGCAGUUUCUUACCAGAAUGAAGACUCGUUUCGAGAAGCAAGCGGAGACGGAUGAGCAAACUCGUAAGGACCUUGAGCAACUGGAAGGCGACCUGCUUGCUUUUGACCCUGCAAUUCUUCAUAUUCAUGUGUUGGAAGCUCGGCUUAAGACUGCUAGCGAAUCGGCCACAACGUUUGUAUCUAAAUACUUGAAGUCAGACGUCCAUGGCAUUUGUAAUCGGCUCGCUGACUUGGCAAUGGAGUACAGCACAAAGAAGCCAGCAUUUACGGAUGAUGACUUCGAGGUAGUUCUCACGGCCGAGGGAAUAGAGCACACGGUGGAGGCAAAGUAUGUCGUAAAACUACCCGAUAACCUAUCGCAUAGCUUAGAUCUAAAGUUUAAACUGUCCAGUAUCCACUUUUAUAAGUUACGAGAGCUAUAUAAAAGGACGUCAGGAAAACGCUUUGAUCCCGAAAUGAAGAUGUUCAGUAAGCUUCUCUUUAUAUUGCUGCGUCGAUACCACACCUUCUUUGGGACGGAAAGGUUUGAGGGGACGAGUUUCCACGCUGCGGCGCCAGAGAACAUCUUCAGACGCCUCAAGAGCUUCCUUGAGGUUAGCCAGGAGUGCUUUGCUUCCCCACUUAACUGCUUCUUUUCCCAAUUCUGCUCUGCAUUUCCCGAGAUAGAUGUUUUCUUUGGCAGUCUAGGCAGCUUCUUCGACUAUGAUAUUGCCGAGGGGUCUUUUGAGUGCGGGCCACCAUAUACGCUGGAGUGCAUGGACAGAACAGCCAAGCAUAUAAUCCGGACACUGGACAAGUCGGAGAAUCGGCGACCAAUCAUGUUUGUUGUGUUUGUACCCGAAUGGCGUGUCCCACCAGCACAAUACCAUCUUGACUUGGAAGAAUCUGCGUAUACUCGGUUUCACUUCUGUGCCCCGGGAGGCAAGCACUACUACGUUUCUGGCGAGCAGCAUGAGCCUAAGUGCAUAGCUUCAAAGGGUGCUCUCACCAACGAAAAGGUUGGGCGAUACUAUCUUGUUCCACAUGGAACCCACGUUUAUUUUGUAUGCAACGAUGCUGGGUUUAAGAGGUACGCCAAGGGAAGUGAGGACUAUUUAGAAAAGGCUGCAGACGAUAUUUUGCGAGUCCUUAUGGACCCCUUAGACAGAAAUGAUAACAAUAUGCACUACGCACGCGAUUAUGUAACGGUUGGUAACGGAGAGCUGAUCGAUUGGAGCACCAAGGAGGUCAAGACUGAUCAGGUCCAGGAGCCAAAGCUCAAGAUGGGGCUAAAGGGAUAG